AUGGCUUCUUCAGUCAUAAGUUCUCUAGUGGAGUCUUUUGGAAUUCUCAAGGAAAAGUACACAAAGGAAACGAAGAAGAGGACUAAGCUUGUUGACCUGUUUAUUGGAUUUAACUUAGUUUUGGCGACUAUUCAGUACAUUUAUAUGAAAGUGGCAGGAAGUUUUCCAUUCAAUGCAUUCCUCUCAGCGUUUUUCUGUAGCAUUGGGACUGCUGUUUUGACUGUGUGUCUGAGGAUGCAGGUGGAGAAUAAAAGUGCAGGAAAAUCUGAAGAAAAAGCGUAUGUGGAAUAUAUGUUCUGCUGUCUGAUAUUGUACCUGGUUUCUUUUAACUAUUUACUUCCUCAUUUAAUAAAUUUUUUUUUUUUAUUUUUAAUUUAUUUUUUUUUUGAUUUAAUUUUUAUUAUUAAAAGAAAGAUUUAGGCUAA